ACAGGCACCGGAAGUGAGACACAGGCAAAAACAAGAUUACGUGUCGCGCGCUGUGUCAGCCGUACGGAGAGACAGCAAAACCUGUAGAUUUCAGCCAGACACCUCCACUGGACUACUGUGUUUUACAGUGUAUGUUUUAGGGGCAAAGAAGAACGUUUUUAAAGACUGCAGAAAGGUCGCUAUGUUUGUGAAAUUCACAAUAUGAGAUCAGAAAACGUUCUUAACCUCCAGAGUGUCACCCUUCAGUGAUCAGAAAGCCUCCCCUGUGACUCAGCUGUUCCCAGAAUUAGGCCAUUCAAAAACAACAGGACUAGGCUGAGGUGUGCCACUUUAACAGUUUCUUCCUUUGCAUACUAGUGAUGGAUGUGGCAUGAAAGCAAGAAAGUAAAGACUAAGUAAAAAAAAAACCCAGUAGUAUGAAGUAAGCAAAAAUAACAUUUUGGGGAAAAGCAAAAAAAAAACAAUUUUUUAUUUGAUCAGCAAUUGAAGAUUUAAAAAAUCAUAUUUGCUUUCAACCCAACUUUAAUUGGCUCUGUUAAUUAUAAGCACACAAUCUCACCUGUAAGGUCAUGGCAGAUUCUUGCUCAGACACCGUUGAUGGUGAGAUUAUAGGCGUUUCCGAGGGACAGCAGUUAAAAACAACCAAAAAUGAGGACUUUGAUGCUGCUAGACCACACGACAAGGAAAUCGGCCAAAAAGAGGGUGACACCAAUACUGAGCAAUCCUCCGGGAGCAUUUCUCACCUUAUGAAAGAUGGCCUCACAACAUGCAAAGAACCUCCGACAACCACAGCGUCUCUUGAAGAUGAUGCUAAUGCAGCUCAGUCCUUGACCAGUAAAAGCCAAGACAAAACCGAUGAAUCUGAGAUCCUCAAUAGCCAAUCUUACACGCCCAGCCAAUCAGAGGUGACGCCUACUUUCUCCAUGGCCAGCCUGGAGUUCUCCGAGGAGACUAAUGGGAUUCCUCCUGAUCGAGCUUUGAUAUCGUCCAAAUCUGCUCAGGAUGGCAACCAAGUCCCCUCUCAGGAGAGCGGAGGGGCCUGUGCGGGGGCUGCGAGGGCAUCAGAGCCUAGCAUGCCGGCAUAUUAUUUUGUCAAGUGGAUUACCUGGAAAGAGAAGAAGACGGCCAUUAUCACACAGAGCGAGAACGGACCCUGCCCCCUGAUUGCCAUCAUGAACAUCCUGUUGUUGCGGUGGAAGGUGAAGUUGCCGGCUCAGACGGAAGUGGUCACCACUGAAGAGCUGAUGGCUCACCUUGGUGAAUGUGUGCUGUCCAUCAAACCGCGGGAGAAAGCAGAAGGCAUGGAGCUCAAUUUCCAGCAGAACAUGAGUGACGCGAUGGCUGUGCUGCCAAAGUUGUCCACAGGCCUCGACGUUAAUGUGCGUUUUACAGGUGUGUCGGAUUUUGAGUACACUCCUGAGUGCAUCGUCUUUGAUCUGCUUGACAUUCUGCUCUACCACGGCUGGCUUGUCGACCCACAGAGUCCUGAGGUGGUGUCUGCAGUGGGCAAACUCAGCUACAACCAACUGGUGGAGAAGAUCAUAGAUUUCAAGCACUCGACAGAUAGCAGUCAAGUCAGUGAAGGUUUGAUAGCAGAGCAAUUCUUGGAGUCCACAGCAACCCAGCUGUCGUAUCACGGCCUGUGUGAGCUCAACACGACAGCCAAGGAGGGAGAACUGUCUGUAUUUUUCAGGAACAACCACUUCAGCACUAUGAUAAAGCACAAGGGUCACCUUUACCUGCUGGUCACAGAUCAGGGCUUCCUGCAGGAGGAGAGCGUGGUGUGGGAGAGUCUCCAUAAUGUGGAGGGGGAUGGGAAUUUCUGUGACUCAGAAUUCAGAUUGUGUCACCCUUCCCAGAAACCCUCAGCAGCCAGCCAGCCCUCCACACAACAGCAGCAGCAAAUGCAGAUCGACCAGGACUAUCUGGUGGCGAUGUCCCUGCAGCAGCAGCAGGGUGAAGCUCCUGGUCCCUUGAGUGAUCUUGAGCUGGCCAGACAGCUGCAGCAGGAGGAGUACCAGCAGCCACAAACACAACAGCACCAGGCCCAGCCCUCAGCAGGACAGGUACUUCCUGUCUUUCCUUCAGGAGGAAACGCUUGUGCAUGAAACUUCAGGGAAGCAUUCUUUG